AUGGCUGAUGGUCGAUGGGCGGCCAGGAAGACCGGCGAGGCCCGCAGAAAGCAAAACGCGACCCGCGACGGCCUAGACAAAGGCAAAGCCAAACCGCCUUGCACGCUCAUCAACGAAUACACGGCCCACAGCACGGUGCACGGUAUGCGGUACAUCACCAACGCCAACCUGUUGGAAAAGAUUUUUUGGAUUGCGGCUUUGGCUGUUUGCGGAAUAUCUGCUUGUUUUAUCGCAAAUAAAUUAUGGCUUCGAUACCGAGCGGUGCCCACGAUUUUGGCGGUCAAAGACAUACACGUGCCGUUGUACCAGUUUCCCUUUCCUUCCAUUACCGUUUGUCCGGCAAUAAAGGUGAAAAAAUCCAUUGGUCUCCAAUACCUCUCCAGGUAUGUCAGCGAGAAGAACGAUACGGUUCGGUCAAUGCUGGAGGAUAUAAUGAGCGCGUUGGCCAUGAUGCAGCAGCCCACUUACUUCCGAAUAAACCCUCAUGUCAAAGCGUCUCGACAGUUGUUUCAUCAUUUCAAACAUUUGAACGUCACCGAUUUCAUGUUGACAACGUUACCGAAAUGCGAGGAGAUUUUCGGUUUGUGCAAGUGGCACGGUCAAAACAUGAAUUGCUGUGAAUCGUUUUCACUGCAGAGGACCGAAGAGGGAUUUUGUUAUUCGUUCAACUCGCUCACUUCCGAGGCGGGCAAACACUGUCCACUGUCCGAAGUACUCGAAAACGAAGGCAUCGUCGAAGAAGACGACAUAAUGUAUCCUGGAUGCCAACUCAGAAGGAACACGGCCGUGGGUACAGUGACGGGUUUGGAAGUGUUUCUCCGCAAAGCUAACGAGUCCGAAUCGUUGGGGCUGGGACAGCGUGACGUUGACGGAGCAAAAGUGAUGGUGCACGCUUCCUAUCAGUUCCCAAACGCGGGCGACGGUUUACCGGUCAGGGCUUUGCCGGGCCGACGUCUUAGCAUAAUGACUUUGCCCGUCAUUACCGUCUCAAGCAAUAGCGUGAAACGGUUAAGCGUCGACGUCCGGGGUUGUGUGUUCCCAGAUGAAAGGCUGUUAUACAUCUACCACGUGUACACUCAGAGUUCCUGUUUGAUCCAGUGCCGUAUGCAGCUCAUUUUGUCAUUGUGCGGAUGUCACAUGUAUUUUUUCACCACCCCGAACGACGGCAACCCAGAAUGCGGAAUACCACAUCUUACUUGCAUAAUGAAAAGCACUCGCCAUAUCAGAGUGUUGUCUCCGCCCAAAGGUACGGCGGGAUUCGAGCCUCAUCUUCUCGAAACCUCUCUGAACUGUUCGCACUGCUUGCCAACGUGCUACGAGACUUCGCACCAAUUGGAAUUCGAAUCGUUUCCCGACCAGAACCCCAUCGCUUGGAAGUACCACGGUUACCUGGACGUGGCUUACGGUAACCUGGGCGCCACUAAGUACCAAAGAGACGUGACGUUCGUUUGGACGGAUCUUUUGGUAUCUCUGGGCGGCGUCGCCAACCUAUUCUUGGGCUUCAGCAUAUUGAGUGUAGUCGAAUUUGUUUACUGGGCGGUGAAAAUAUCCGUAAACACCGUCUUUAGAUAUUAUAACGAAUAA